GCUCACUUCACCAGCUUAGGAAGUGCUCAUACAUAUUCGUGAAAUUUGCAAUUUUUUAUUUCGCAUCUUUAUCCUGAUUGUUCUAUAUGUAAAUUCCUUCUUACGCAUUCUUAUUCCUCUUCGGAUUGUACUAUGUAUUCGGGAAUGUCGAGUGCAUUUGGGCGGGUGUUUGUGCGGCGGAUGGCGUCGCAUGGAGGUGGUAGUGGUCCCUUGUAUGGAGUGGCGGCGUACAGGAAAGCCACACUGAACGACUUCCCAAUUCCCAAAGGUUCCUGGCAGGAGGCCCAGAAUAAACGCAAUGCCAAGGGCAAUCUGAUGAUGGCAUUCGGGACAGGGCUUUUCGUCGCGACGUGCAUAUAUAUUUGGAAAGUGGACCCCUUUCAGUUCGAGAAGGUCCUCGGUCCCUACAAAUACAUGAAGAAUCCCCCGGCCUUUGAGAGCCCCGUUCUGGAGCCCAACAUCCUCCUGGAGCACAUUGACCGGGUAUCCGUUGUGGGUCCAGUGGAGGGCGAGAAAAAGAAGAAGAAAUAAAAACGUGGCUUUCACAAAAUACUGCAUCGCUUGGCGCCGUUGUAAAUCCAUCACUGAUCCCAUUGUACCGUAUCAGACCAGACUGUUUGUGCAUUAUUGAGCAUCUUUUACUUCUGAUGUGGUUACUUCAGGGAUAGUACGCUUUGUAUAUUAGUGUCAGGUCACGAGUGAUUCUGGUGUUGUCUGUGCUGUGCCGAUCGUUGUUUUAUCAUUGCUAACAUUAAUAAAGUGGCACCGAGUGAUUG